AUGGAUUCACUCACAGACAGUGAUAAAAUUCUUCAACGGAAAAAACUAGAGUUGCUACAAGAAGAAAAAACAAUUAAAAGAUUUUUAAACGAGGAUUUUGAUGAUGAUUCGCUUCAAAAUCGCUUGGAAAAUUAUAGAAACUUGUUUAACAAUUUGGCUGAAAAUGGUAUGCUUUCUAAUAGAGAAAUUGAUGAACAUAGAAACAAUGUUUCUGAAUUUGAAUUUGGCGUUGCUAAACUGAUUAAAAAUACAAAACAAUUAAAUGCGCCAAAAUCUUCUUUUGAUUUUCAAAAUAUUCGUGCCAGUAACUCACUUUUUAACGUUGAUGGUGAUUUUACUGGUAAAGACAUCAAUAUGACGUACAGCUCCACCAGUUCACCAAAACACCAAACUGGAUUUGACAAUGUUUUAUUCAAUAACAAGCUUAUGAAAGUUGGUGAUGUAAACCUUAGCAACGUAAAUCAACCAACAGUUAACAAAGAUGACUUAUCCAACACAAAACAACCUGAGUUGACCAAAACUGAAGUUAUACCUCAAUUAGCAAACUAUUAUCAGUUAGUUGAACCAAAUAAAAUUAAAGGCUAUUGUCUCAUAUUAAACUAUGAAAAUUUUAUCCAACAUGACCAGCGAAAGGGUACUGAAAAAGAUGCAAUUUCAUUAGAAACAUUGUUCAAAAAACUUAACUUUAAAGUGAAACGACACGAUGAUUUGAGUAAAGAAGAAACUAAAACAGCAUUGGCAAGUGUGGCAUCUCUUGAUUGCCAUUCAGAAUACAGCUGUUUUGUCCUGUGCAUUCUAUCACAUGGAAAUGAAAAAAGAGAAUUUUACUGUUACGAUGAUCCAUUUUCUUACAGUGAUGUCUUAGAAUACUUCAACGUAAGCUCUCUGACAGGAAAACCUAAACUCUUUUUUAUUCAAGCUUGCCAAGGUGAUAAAACUGAUAGAGGCGUUUUAGUAAGUUCAGACGCUGUCAGUUCUGCCUCAGUUCCAUCAAACAACAAACUGUUCAACGAUGGUCCUAAUUUGUUGCCAACAACAGCAGAUCGAUUCAUCUUUUACAGUUCCUACGCUGAAUACUACUCUUACCGGUCGGCUACAAAUGGCUCGUUGUUUAUUCAAACUCUAGUUAAAGUUUUUGAUGAAAAUGCAUCUUGGCUUGAUCUCGAAACAAUGUGCAACAAAGUAAAAGAUCUGGUUGCAAACAUCAAUGGAACUACUGGUGACAACUCAAAUCAAACUAUCAAACAGAUGCCUACAGUCCAAACCACUUUAAGAAAAGGAUUUCGAUUUUACAAUUAA